CUUCUCUUUUUUCCUCCCAGGACCCCUUCUGACCUCCCUUGGAGGACUGGGGAGGCCCCAGCCGUAGCGGAGAUGAGGGAGCCUCUGCUCCUAGGCCUGUUGCUUCUGAGGCUGUUGUGGGAAGCUCCAGCCGUGGCUUCAGAGCCUGGAAAAGAGGACUCGGUGGUGUGGGCCCAGGAGGGCACUCCCGUCCAACUUCCUUGCAGUGCUCAACUCCCCCACAGGAAUCUCAGCUUUCUGCGAAGAGGAGGGGUUACUUGGCAACAUCAACCAGAUGGUGACCAGCCCGCUCCCACCCCUGCCUUUGACCUCAAGGGGAUGCCCUCGCCUGGGAGGCCUGCACCCCGUCAUCCCUACACGCUACUGAACGUGGCCCCAGGAGGCCUGCGCAGCGGGAGGCUGCCCAUGCAUCCCCACGUGCAGCUGGAGGAGCGCGGCCUCCAGCGCGGGGACUUCUCGCUGUGGCUGCGCCCAGCCCUGCGCGCCGACGCUGGCGAGUACCACGCCGUGGUGCGCUUCCCGGACCGCACCCUCUCCUGCCAUCUCCGCCUGCGCGUCGGCCAGGCCUCGAUGACCGCCUAUCCCCCAGGACCCCUCAGGCCAUCCGAUUGGGUCGUUUUGAGUUGCUCCUUCAGUCGCCCUGACCGCCCAGUCUCUGUGCACUGGUUCCAGGGCCAGAGCCGAGUUCCUGUCCACAAGACCUCCCAUCGUUACUUAGCCGAAAAUUUCCUCUUUCUGCCCCAAGUCCGUCCCCUGGACUCUGGGAUCUGGGGCUGCGUCCUCACCUACAGAGAUGGCUUCAGUGUCUCCAUUACGUACAACCUCAAGGUUCUGGGUCUAGAGCCCCUGGCUCCCGUGACGGUGUACGCUGCUGCAGGUUCUAGGGUGGAGCUGCCUUGUCACUUGCCCCCUGGUGUGGGGACCUCUUCUUCACUCUUGGCCAAGUGGACUCCUCCUGGGGGAGGCCCUGAGCGCCUGGUGGCUGGAAAGAACGGCAAUUUUACCCUUCAGCUUGAGGCCGUGGGUCUGGAGCAGGCUGGGACCUACAACUGUAGCAUCGAUCUGCAGGGACAGUGGCUCAGUACCACUGUCACUGUGGCAGUCAUCACAGUGACUCGUCAAUCCUUCGGGUUACCUGGCUCCCCGGGGAAGCUGUUGUGUGAGGUAACCCCAGCAUCUGGACGAGAAAGAUUUGUGUGGCAUCCCCUGAACAACCCAUCCAGGAGUUCUCCAGGCCCCAUGUUGGAGAUGCCGGAGGCCAGGUUCCUCUCUGAGCCUUGGCAAUGCCAGCUGUAUCAGGGGCAGAAGCUUCUUGGAGCAGCAAUGCCCAUGGCAGAGUCUAGCCCAGGCGCCCGGAGUGCCAAGAGAACCUCAGGUGACCUUAAAGGAAGCCAUCUCUUUCUCCUUCUCAUCCUCGGUAGCUUCUCAUUGUUCCUUUUGCUGACUGGGGCCUUUGGCUUCCACCUAUGGAGAAGACAGUGGCUGAGGAGAAGAUUCUCUGCUUUAGAGAAUGGGAUUCACCCACCUCCGGCUUCGAGUAAGACAGAGGAGCUGGAGCCAGAGCCAGAGCCGCAGCUGGAGCCAGAGCCCAGGCUGCUCUGACCUGGAGCUGAGGCAGCCAGCAGAUCUCAGCAUCUCCGUCAGGAAUAAACUCCCCGUCAGCA